UGAUAAUGGAGCUAUUCAUUCUGGCCUAUUACAUAAUCAUCUUCCUGUUUGGGCUUCCUGCUAACAUCCUGGCUCUCUACGCCUUCAGCUGCAAGAUCCACACCAAAGCCUCUCCCACAGACGUCCUCCUGCUCAACUUGACUGUCUCUGACCUCCUCUUCCUCCUCUGCCUACCCCUGAAGAUGUACGAGGUGGCCUCUGGCAUGCACUGGCUCCUCCCUCAGACCCUCUGUCUGCUCUCCACCUUCGUCUUCUACACCACCAUCCACAACAGCUCCAUCUUGCUCACGGCCACCAGCGUGGACCGCUACCUGUGUGUGGGCUACGCUGUCUGGUACAGGCAGCAUGUCAGAGCCAUGCACGGCGUCUUGGCCAGCGUGUUCAUCUGGAUCCUGAGCUCGGCUCAUUUCAUAUACCUCUACCUGAUCGAACUCAUGCCAGACAGCUCCUCUCCGUCAUCGGGGGUCUGUUACGACAACUUCACAGAGGCCCAGCUGGGCGUGAUCCAACCCAUCCGUCUGGAACUGUGCGUAGUAUUCUUCAUCCUGCCACUGCUGGUCUCCAGCUUCUGCUACGUCAGGUUCAUCCUCAUCCUCAGCCGGAUCUCACGUCUGCAGCCCGAGAAGCGGCGGAGGGCGGCGGGGAUGGCGGUGGGCACCCUACUGGUCUUCGUCGUCUGCUUCAUGCCGUACAACAUCACACACAUACUGGGCUACAUCCAAGGGGGCUCGGUGGGGUGGAGGACCGAGGCGCUGCUCCUCACGGCGACCAAUGCCAUCCUCGACCCAAUCAUCUUCUACUUCUCGUCCUCUACCUUCCAGGGAAGCACCAGGAAAGUUAUCUGCCUGAUGUGGAGCAAUGGCUGCUGUAAGACCAAGUGUACCAGCCCUCCAGUGGAAGCUGCGACUGCUGGCGGGGGGGCGACGGCGUGA